AUGUCGUCCAUCAAGACAACAGUGAAAACGGAGGCGUGCUCCUUUAGCGAGUACAGGAUAUACCCAGGCAGGGGGCAGAAAUUUAUUGCAAGGGACGGAAAAGUCUACUUUUAUUUAUCAUCCAAAUUUGCCUCUCUUGCGCUUCAGAAGAAGAAGGCAGCUAAAUUGAGAUGGACACAGACAUGGAGACGAAAUAACAAGAAGACCAAAAUUGAAACAACUCAAAGGAGGAGGUACAAGAAAACCAUUAAAGUGCAGAAGGCUGUUUGCGGUUUAACCGUCGAGGACAUACGAAACAGAAAGGCCUACGUCCAAAGUAUUGAAGCCAAGAACAAAUCUCGAAUGGCCGGCAAGGAGAAAGAUGACAAGAAAAAAGGAAAGGAUGACAAAAAGAAAAAUCUCGCACACUUCCAACAAAAAAAAGAUUUCUCAAAAUCGAAACAAAUAAACAUGGCCAAGACCAAAAUGCACAAAAUGAUGAAGAAAUGA